AUGGAAGAAGAUUUUCUAAAUCUUGAGCAAGGAAAUAGAUAUGUGAAAGAUUAUACAGAGAAGUUUAUUCAAUAUUCAAGGUUUGCAGAACAUUACAUCUCCACUGAAUCAAGGAAAGUGGAAAGGUACAUUUGGGGAUUGAAGUCAUCAAUCCGAGAAUUUGUGAUAGCCAUGAAUCCGACUACUUUUACUUCAAUAGUUGAUGCAGCAGAAGUGACUGAGAGGAACAAAAACAAACAGGAAGAAGGAAAGGUAAUAGAAAAACGAAGGUGGGAAGGUCCAGCAGCUGGAUACAGGGGACCAAAAACCAUGAAGUACACAAGCAAUCAGAGGUCAAUGCAAAAGUUCAAUAAGAAACCUUGUCCUAAAUGUCGAAAGAUUCAUCAAGGAGAGUGCAGGAUGGAACCAAAGAAAUGUUUCAAAUGUGGUAGUGUGGGCCAUCUGUUGAACAACUGCCCAACAGUAAAAAGAUGUUAUAAUUGCAACUCCACAGAUCAUCUGAGACCAAAUUUCCCAAAGAUGAAUGUUCCACAGUUGACUAUUGGAAAUAUCACAUCUUCUGGUCAAGUGAGACUAGGUACAAGCAAAGGAGCAACAGGAGGGGUACGGGGACGAUCAUUUCAUAUGAUCAAACUCGAAGCUGAAACUGUGCCUGAUGUAGUUACAGGUACAUUUCUUAUCAACUCCCUCGAUGCUAAAGUGUUAUUUGAUUCGGGAGAAAACUUUUCGUUUGUAUCUCCAUCAUUUGCUCAACAUGCUAAAAUGAAUUAUGUGCCUCUUGAUGACAGGUUAGUAGUUGAUACUGCUAAUGGUCAAGUAUGUGUGAAAUCUGUGUUUAAUAAUUGCUCUAUCUGA